CUCCACUCCUGUCGUCCCCCGUCGUCCAUCCACAGUCUCCCAUGGGCUGCCGACUGUACCGUGUGAGAGAUUUUCGCCACCGAUUUAACAUGAUUGUCUAAACAAAUAAAGCAGCUCUAAUUUUAGUCGUAACUGUUUCUUAAGGAAGAGACCCGAUCAACGAAAGAAAAAAAAAAUGAAGGUCGUUGCGUUGAUCAGUGGUGGCAAAGAUUCUUGCUUCAAUAUGAUGCAGUGUGUAGCAGCUGGUCACGAGAUUGUGGCUUUAGCUAAUUUAUAUCCUGUUGAAAAAGAUGAUCUGGAUUCGUUUAUGUUCCAAACGGUAGGACACCAAGGUGUUAAAUACAUUGCUCAAGCUAUAGGCUUGCCUAUAUACCGUUAUCCAACAUUUGGCAAGGCCAAUGUGCAAGAGAAAUAUUAUUAUCCUACGGAAAAUGAUGAAGUCGAAGAUCUUUUUAAGCUUUUGAGUACAGUAAAGGAACGUGAAGAUAUAGAGGCUGUGUCAAGUGGUGCUAUUCUUAGUGAUUAUCAACGAAUUCGUGUGGAAAAUGUGUGCAAUCGUUUAGGUCUUAUUUCCUUGUCGUAUUUAUGGAGACGGGAUCAGGAUGAGUUGUUAAAUGAAAUGAUACAGAGUUCUGUUAACCCAAUAUUGAUUAAAGUUGCGGCUUUAGGCCUUGAAAUCAAACAUUUGGGCAAAUCUAUAUGUGAAAUGCAACCUCAUCUUGUAAAAAUAAAAGAAAAAUAUGGAGUAAACAUAUGUGGGGAGGGAGGAGAAUACGAAACUUUUACCUUAGAUUGCCCCUUGUUUGCUAAAAGUAUCGUAAUCGAUGAGUAUGAGAGCGUUGUAAAUUCGAGGGACGAUGUAGCUCCUGUAGGAUAUCUCAGAUUUACGAAGAUCCAUUUACAAGACAAGGACAAUGGAGAAUUGGAGAAGUUAAGUCUAUCCGAGAGACUAAAAAAUGUUUUGAUAAAAUCGCCACAGGAUUACAUUGCUGAAAUCAUUGGUCCUGAGCUGCAUGAUGGUUGCAAUUUAUCAGAAGAUGAAAAUGACGAGCAUGCAUGUGAAAGCAAUAGUUUGAAGGCAUCGAACUCAGAUCAAUUUCAUCCUCCAAGCCCAAUGGAGAUUCUGUACGAAGAGGAAGAUUGCCCAGACGCACCGGUCGUUAAUAGAAAUCAAACGGGAUGGUUCUGGUUCGGAGGUGUUGUAGGGAAACAUCCGGACGUAACACCCGCCGUGGAAGAGGCACUGGAAAAACUAAGCACUCUCAUUCAAAACGAAAAUUUAUGCCCAUCUGACAUAGUCGCGGUAACGUUGUACAUAAAAGAUAUGUCAAAUUACAAGGCUAUAAAUGAAGCAUACGUUUCCUGGUUGGGUAAGAGAAAUCCACCGGUUCGAGUAUGCGUAGAAUGCCCUUUGAACGUACAUGUCACACUUGACGCGAUAGCAUAUAAGGAGAGCCAAGAGAGUGGCGAUAAAUGGGCCUGUAAGCGACACACGAUGCACGUUCAAAGUAUAAGCCAUUGGGCACCCGCCAAUAUUGGCCCUUACUCGCAAGCUGUUCGUGUAGGUGAUGUUAUUUUAGUUGCUGGGCAAAUACCUUUGGUGCCUGGCAAUAUGAAUCUUCUAGAUAUGAACAUUAAACGGCAGUGCCGUUUAACGUUGAGGCACAUAGACCGCAUCGUUAAAGCUAUGGAUGCAAAACUUCGAGAUAUAGUACAAGGUAUCUGUUUCCUGACUCAUUCUAGUUACAUAGCGGAUGCGAGGAAAGAAUGGGAAAGGAGGACGAGAAAUGCUAUUGUAGAUUACAUUGUUGUACCAAAUUUGCCGCGUGGUGCUCAAGUUGAGUGGUGUGUUUGGGCUCAUAGGGAUAAUAACCGAUUCGAGUAUGAGGAAACAGGAAAAUGUGUGGCUAAUUUUAGGAUAGCCCUCAGGCGUAGAUGGAAUUAUGAAAAUAAUGUUUCAGCGAUUGUAUGUUACAUGUCUACCGGUUCAUCCAAUUCAACUGGUAAUUUGACCACAGAGGCGAGUUUGCCAUCCACAGAGCUAAAUGCAAACGAAUUAUCGGAAGCUUUCGAUUAUCUAUUAUGUAAACUCAGGAAAGGCUCGCAAAGCGCAAAUCCAACGUGUAACUUGCGAAUAUUUUAUAAAGUCGGCAGCUUUCCGGGCCCAAACUUCCUUCACAACGUCCUAUCGAAGUUUUCUACGCAGAAUUUAGUGAUCACUAUUAUACCAGCUACUCACUUACACAAUUUCAGUACUUUGUUAUCUAUAUACGGUAUUAGGCACGAGUAAAUACUCAAAAUGAUUUUUUACACAGUCAAUUAUUCAUCGGAAUUGGAGCGCACAUUUAGGAUAAAAAAAAUUGAUGUUUGGAAAAACAACACGUAAGUGAUUGAGAGGAAAAGAGAGAGACACUAGAAAAAAAAGCAAAAAUGCGUCUAAAACUUUUCGCUUCAUUUCAUAGAAUACUCAAGCACGGAGGCAAUUAUAAUUUUGCUGAUCGUGAAUUACAAUCAAAAUUCAGUGAAUCUCUGUGUAUAUUUUUUUUUCUAAAACAGCAAUUUUGUUUUAUGUGUCUUUUUGCAGCCGUCACUUUAAUUUUUUCGGCCGUUAUGAAUCCAACGCUGCUCGAAGGAAGACGGUGAAGCGGCGUUGCAUCAGCUGAUUGAGUUUUCCUACGUGUGCAAAUAAUUCUCGAUGUUAUUUUGCUUCACUGAUGGUCGGUGGGCGUAUUUGAGUACUUCUCGCGUUUCACACGCGAGAGACACGGCUGUUCGCUCGACAUUUACUGACGAUGUAGUUCCGCUGUCUCUUGUAGCUGCACUUUUAUGCAAUCUCCGCAGACCCGGCUAUUCUCCGAGAAUCCCUCGAAGAUACAUCCCGUUUCCUUUUCGGGUAUAAAAAUAGUAACGAAAAUGCAGCUGGGAAGAAACGACGGACACUAUAUUAUCUUGUAUACCGAGUCUACUAGUCAAUGACGGGUCAAGUGCAAUUCUGAGCUGUAAGCCCGUCCCCCCCGUUUAGCGCAUAAGUGCUCUUUAACAACAAGCGAUUACACACAUUAGGUAAUAAUAAUACUCGUACGACUUGUACUGCUGAUUACGCUAUAUGAUAUUUCGUUUUUCUUUUGCUCAAAGUACACGUUUACUUUAUGAUGUUGUAAUCAUGUGCGGAAUGUUUAUUAACGUGUGUGAUGUUUCUCUAAAAACGACAUUAAAAAAAAAAAAAAAAACUAGCACUCGACAUUUAUUCGAAUUUUAAGCGAACGGAAGGAGAGGGACGUUUGUUGUCGCGAGGAAGAAAAUCAUGGGUCACCACCCUGUGUGGGUGUCUCCGAUACGAUUUAAUACGACUGGAACGCAGAGCACAUGUGAAACGUAUAUACAUACAUAUAUUCUUUUUCACAACGAUGUUCUUCGCUGUCACUAAUGCUGCCGGUACAUCGCUAACAUAAUUGUAUUGCCGAUUGAUUCGUUUCCGUCACGGAAAUGAUAUCGCAGUUUUAAAGAAAACCGGAGGAAGACAUUGGGAAGUCGGCGAACACUCGGUAGGACGCUACGCAGCGGCUCCGCAUUCUUCGCGCGUACGCACCGCUUAGAAGUAUCUUGUACAGAUUGCAUUGCAAUACGAACUUUACUAAGAUUUAUUCUGACGCAAAUAUUAUAUAUAUAUAUAUAUACGAGGUUGAUAUGCAACGAUAUGCCAAAGUUUAUAUUUUGCAACUUGCUCAUUUUUUAAACAGUCGCAAUUACUAUCGUUAUUCUGUAUGUGUACAUAAUGCAACGUAAUCUAACACGGUCUUAUACAAAUGUAUUGUAACUGAUUUUUGACAGCGAAAAAAAAAAGGAGAGAACGAGCGCACUGUUCAAAAUAUGGAUACUAUGUAAUGAUAAGUAUGUAAAGAACAUGCAGAAAAAAAGGAUGUCUAUUCGCAUCUAACUCCCGCAACAGAAUACUAAUCCGAGGAUUAUGUCGCAAAAGAAGAAUAAAGAGAAUGAUAUAUAUUUUUAAGAAA